AUGUCAUCGACCUAUGUCCUGCUGCAGUAUGGCACCGAUGCUUUCAACGCGCGGUUUGUCGAUCUCGAAGGACGGCCUGCGUUCAGUGUUGGCCCGGUCCCCCACAGCCCGAAUCUCGUCGUUAAACUCGGCCGGGAGGCAGAAUGGACACAGCACCACCCCGGGACGAUGGGCCCCGACGCGGCCUACUUCUACUUUGGGCCCUAUGUCGCAGUGCAGAGCUCAGUCUACGGUGCAGGGACACCGACUCCUUCACCCGGAUACCUUGUCUACGGCAACAACCGGAACUCGAUACCCAUGACCUAUCUGAGGAGGCAGAAGACCGAAGGAAGCCCAUCACGAUAUUUCAUUUCGCAGAGCGGAAAGGAAUACAAGUGGAGGGUGUCCCAGACGAGGAUGGAGCUGACAGACGGCCGCACGGUCUUUGCGGUCUGGGAGACGGCUGCAGCCACAGACGACUUUGACGGCCGGCUGACCCUGAAGCACGCCGGGCUGGCGUUCGUCACGGAAAUCAUGGCCACGCUCACCAUAAACCGCAUGAGCGGGGCCCUGGGCUGGUGAGCCCUGGUCUCACUCACGCAUGUUGGCCCCGGCACAUGUGGAUCGGGCAAGGACACCGGUCCGGAUUCAAUUGGAAUGGCGCUCUCGUUGGGAAGUAUCUGCAGUGUAUCAUAUCAUAUCAGCAUCAGCAUCAGCAUCUCGCCUCAUCAAGCCAUGCACUUGUCCCUUGACCUCGGGAGUUGCUAUGAAUCAUCCGUGUUUUACUCUUUUUGUUUUCGUUCUGUUUUCGCUCAUGUAUUAGUAUACACCCGCUGUCGCAUCCGAUGUCGUCUCUUGCGUUCGAAAUUAAAUCAAUUUGUAUGCG